AUGGCUUCCGAUGAUUGUUCCGUGCAACAGCCAGUUGCAGAGCAAACACAAAGUCUUCGCGUCAAUAGGAAUGCCAUCUUAACCACCGAGAAAUUGAAAGGUCAUGGCCAUCAUCAUGAAGGUCCACCUCCCCCUAUCGGUGGCUUAGUUGCUUGGAUGCAGGUUACUGGCGCCCAUCUUUUCCUUUAA